GGGCGCGCGGGGGCGGCGGGCGCGGCGCUGCCAAUCGCAGACAAAGGCCGCCCCAGUGAAUCAUGUGGUGCCGGGGGAGGAAGUGCGGCUUGUUUUCUUUCCUCCAGUCGCCGGGCUCCGGGCGGAGCGCGAUGCUCGGAGACCCCCGCGGGGGCGGCGGCGGCGGCGAGCCCCGAUGAGGCCCGAGCGCCCCCGGCCCCGCUGCAGCGCCCCCGGCCCGAUGGAGGCUCCGCCGUGGGACCCUCUCCGCAACGACUCGCUGCCGCCCACGCUGACCCCGGCCGUGCCCCCCUACGUGAAGCUCGGCCUCACCAUCGUCUACACCGUGUUCUACUCGCUGCUCUUCGUGUUCAUCUACGUCCAGCUCUGGCUGGUGCUGCGCUACCGCCACAAGCGGCUUAGCUACCAGAGCGUCUUCCUCUUCCUCUGCCUCUUCUGGGCCUCCCUGCGGACGGUCCUCUUCUCCUUCUACUUCAAAGAUUUCGUGGCGGCCAAUGCGCUCAGCCCCUUCGUCUUCUGGCUGCUCUACUGUUUUCCCGUGUGCCUGCAGUUCUUCACCCUCACGCUGAUGAACUUGUAUUUCACGCAGGUGAUUUUCAAAGCCAAGUCAAAAUAUUCUCCAGAAUUACUCAAAUACCGGUUACCCCUCUACCUGGCCUCACUCUUCAUCAGCCUCGUUUUCCUGUUGGUGAAUUUAACCUGUGCGGUGUUGGUGAAGACGGGAAACUGGGAGAGGAAGGUCAUUGUCUCCGUGCGUGUGGCCAUUAAUGACACUCUCUUUGUGCUGUGUGCCGUCUCGCUCUCCAUCUGUCUCUACAAAAUCUCGAAGAUGUCCUUAGCCAACAUUUACUUGGAGUCUAAGGGCUCCUCCGUGUGUCAAGUGACCGCCAUCGGAGUGACCGUCAUCCUCCUCUACGCCUCCCGGGCCUGCUACAACCUGUUCAUCCUCUCGUUUUCUCAGAGCAAGAACGUCCAUUCCUUUGAUUACGACUGGUACAAUGUAUCAGACCAGGCGGAUCUGAAAAACCAGCUGGGGGAUGCCGGAUAUGUGGUGUUUGGAGUGGUUCUUUUCGUGUGGGAGCUCUUACCCACCACCUUGGUCGUCUACUUCUUCCGAGUUAGAAACCCUACAAAGGACCUUACGAACCCUGGGAUGGUCCCCAGCCACGGAUUCAGCCCCAGAUCUUACUUCUUUGACAACCCUCGAAGAUACGAUAGUGAUGAUGACCUUGCCUGGAACAUCGCCCCUCAGGGACUUCAGGGAAGUUUUGCUCCAGACUACUAUGACUGGGGACAGCAAACAAACAGCUUCCUGGCACAGGUGGGAACUUUCCAACCAGACUCCAUGUUGGAUCCUGACAAGCCAAGCCAGGGGCAGCAUCAGUAAAAAAAUUUUAUGGAAGAUUCCUCAAGUGAGAGGCUUCAGAGAGACUAACUCAAUGACAGCUGAAUUUUUAAUAAGGCACUUUUCCUUAAGACAUAGGACUUGAUUUUUAUUUGUUACAGGUUUCUAAUGGCUCCAUAGGACUAAGCAAUAAUUUAGAUUGAUAAAAACCUUAUUUUAGUACUAAAAAGUGAGCCUGGCCACCUAUUUCAGUGGGUAUAAUUUAAACUUUAAAAAAAUUCUGUACUUUUAUAAAGAUGUAUUUUAUAUAACUUAAUAAUGCUAAAAUAUAUACUAGGGUUUUUUGAGAAUGUUAUUGCAAUAUAUGUUUGUAGUUUGCACAGACUUUUAUGCAUAAUUCACUUUAAAAGCAUACAGUACAUGGUCUGAUGGUUGUUUAAGGCUUUUGGACUAAAGUGUUCUUUAGGUCCUCACCUCUUCGGGUCAUGCAGAUCCGAAGCUUCUGAAUCAACUCGAAAUACAGUUGACAUCUCGGAAAGCCAGUUACAACUCCAGUGUUAAAAGUUAUGAUGUAGGAGAAUGUCCAGGACUUGUACCAGGUAAUUGGCCCCUUCCUCUGAGUUCUUUAAGGUCCAGGCAGUUGUUCCCUCAACUAAUCUCCUAAAUUUUGCCAAAAAGGUGGUAUCCUUUCAACAGGGCACUAAAUGCAUACGCUUCGGUGAUGAGUCGGUGUGUUAAAAACCGAGUGGACUCACGCUAUUAAACGUGCUCUGCUCUAUGUGGAAACUUUGCCUGGUUUUUCAGCCCAGUGAAAUCUGAUAAGCGGUACCUGAGGGCCUCUGCAGGACAGCGCCAUUCCCAAAGCACCGAUGGUUCCUUACCUUCAAGGAACAAAGGAGAGGUUCUCGCAAGGGGAUGAGUAAGAAAUGCCCUUGAUCCAGAAGACUCGACAGGUUUCCUGUAACUUCCCACCAUAUCUCGAGUAAUGCCCUUUAUUUUUAAAUAGCUCUGAGAGCAGCCUAUUAGAAACUGCAACUUUAAAAAGGCCAGUUUUCUGUAGUAGGAUUCCUGCCUCUUAGCCACCCAAAAGGGUGUGUUCCAGACGAUUGCUCAGAAGUCCUCUUCCCUUUAAAUGAGACCCCUGUCCUGAAAUACUGGUUCCCCAGCCACAGGUGCUACUCUGAAACCUCCAAGAUCUUCUAAAAGUACAACUGCCUCUAAUGCAAAACCGUGGUGCAUGGCUCUGUCAGUUGAAUGCUCUCAUUUUCUGUAAAUCGGAGAGAAGGUACUAGAGGAAGUGCUGUUACCAGAAAGUAUCUGCUCUGCCUACGAAAUCUUACAUCUCAGGACAGGAGGAGGAGAUGAAGAGAAAGUUAUAUUAAUAAGCUCUGCCUUCAGGAUGAAACCCAUUUCAAGAUGUCUUUUUUUUUUUUUUUUUUUUUUUUUGUGGUCUUCAGAAAUAACUUAUCUCUGGGCACUGAUUUCAUUCACAGAGAUCAAGUCUACUUUCUCUUGAUAGUAUUUAAAAUUGCCAUCUCAAGUCAUAAAUGGUUUGUGAUUGGGUUAUGUCAUUUGUACAGAACACAUUUAUCCUGCAGAAUCCCACAUAACAGCAUUCUUGCCUUUUAGUAUAUGGAAGAAUUGGGGUCACACAUCAUUGAAAAUAGUUACUGUCAGGGAAAAUCGUACACUGAAGCAAAAUUUGCACUGGUUACUUGGGUUGCCUAUUAUAUUGUAAGUUGUCAUUCUAAAUAGCUUUAAGAACACCUGACUUGUCAAUACUGUCUUUGUUACUAAUACUUAGGAAAAUUUAAAGGCAGACCUGUCAUAUGCUUAAAACUUUAGAUCAUGCUUUCACAGAAAGUACUUAAGAUCUUUCAAGGGUAGGUAUAUUUUUUUAAUAUAGUAAUAAAUCACUAAAAUCAUCCAAUUAUUCUACUCCUGCUGUAUCAACACAUUAUUCUAUCACUACUGGCAGGAAAAUUAAAUACCCAGCAUUAACCGAUAAAAGCCAAAAUUCUAUUUUUAUGAUAAAGCUAUUUGAACUAUUUUUUUUUUUACUGGAAAGGAUAAAAAUGUUCUAAGAGCCCAUAUUUCUCUUCCCCUUUCUAAAAAGUAUUGCUAAAGCACAAGUAUUGUAAACACAUCUAGAAUGUAAAAAAUAGGAUUGUAUCAAACUCUCUCUCCUAGUAAAUGACCACAUGUACCCUGUGAAAUGUUACAGGUAUGGUAUGAAAAGGGAAAUGAAAUUUUCCUUUAGUUUCCUAAGUGUUGUGAAAUAGGUACACUAACAAAGCUACUACUGCUUACGUGAAAUAUUAAAGGCUAAGAGAAGACAAGGAGUGGGGAUUACUGGUUGUAAAAUAUCCAAAUGUCCUCCUGUUUUAAGGCAACAUGAUGAAAUUUAAACCCUGGUCGUUUAAAAGUUAAAAAUAGGGAAGAGGCAGAGUCGCUGAAAAUUGUGGACUAAGUCUGAUUCUGCACUAAAAGGCUGAGUAUUUCUGUGCACCUGCUGGAGAUCUUGCAGAAUGGGUAUGCACCCUUGCAGGUAACGGCCUACAGGUGCCAGCUGAGUCGUGUGGAUACCUUUCAUCGGCUCUUUUUCUCUUUCUACAAUUAACCUGUUUAAUUGAGCCAGUGAUUGUGAUACACGGAGCUGGGACCGUAAGAAGUUUUGACGGUUGCACUCUACACAUCAAUCGUAUUUAGUUAUGCCAGUUCUCUCUUGAAUGUAUCAGGCACGUUGUUAAAACUGUGCUUGUUUAGCUGUGUAAAUCAGGGACACCUGCAAGUGCGUCCCCAGAUACCCUCUUUUACCAAAAUCCAACAGAACUGCUCUUUGUUGGCCUUGAACACUUAAUUCCUAUUACGAGGAAAGGAAUAAGCAUUAGUAAAUCCUAGAGCACGAAAAGUGCUUUGAGGAAAAGGUUCUCAUUUAUAUUUACUCAUAGUAGAUAUUACUAGAAUAUUGCUUUUAUUUUUUUAGAACAUUGCUUUUAUUUUUUUAAUAAAGGUAAAUUUACAUUAGAAUUAAAUGGGUGUAAGUAUUUGAACCUUUUUUGAAGGUUUCCAACUGAAGAAACUUUGUUUAAAAAAUACCUUUUCACUUUAGAGGAUGUAUAAUAAAACCUAGACAAGUGUCAGGUCCAUCAAAGACCUAUCUCCUAGGCCUUUCCAUUUUUUGUCCCAGGUUAGUGAGAAUUUCACUAAUUAAAAAAGUUUCUAACUAUGCAUAAUACUAUUUUAAGGCUUCUCAUGGUCCAGAGAGAGGAGCUGUUGGAAAGGAUCAGGCUAAAAUAAUGGAAUUCUCAUCAGAAACCGUAAAGUGAUUCAAGUGAGGAAACAUUUAAGGAACGAAGGGAGUGGAAUCCUGUCAGUGUCUAGAGAGUGCUUAUUAUGUGCUAGACACUGGGAGUAUUGGGCGUUUGCCAGUCUGUGGGUCCAAGGUGUAAACUCAGCAGCAUCCUUCCGUUAACUCUCCUCUCGGCCCUUAGUAGGGAUAUAUGCAAAGGCCUUGUGCCAGUGGGUCAGAAUACCUGGAAGUAGCUAAAGAUGUCCCCGUACCCCCAACCUAGAUAUCACUGUGGAUUCCCUGUGCCGGUCACGCAGCUCCUCGGGGCCUGGGCCUUCACGGCGGGUCCCUCCGUGUGGAGUUCUGAGGUGGAUCCAAGUCCUCGGAUCCAAAUCACCAGCUCCUGAUGGAAUCCACCUGGUUCCUCCAAAGCUGGAUUUUCAUCUUUUCUCUGACCUGUGGCUGAAACCUCUCCUCUCUCUGCCCAGAAGCUGAUGAUACUUCAUGCCAGCAUAGCCUCCAAAUGUCUUCCCUUUUGCAACGUUAAGGCUCAGAACAUUAAGCCUCUUUAUCUCCAGAACAGGUUUUCUGCCUCUGAACUUCAGUGUGGCCAAAACUGGAGAUCAGAUGCCUGCUUCCUCAAGCUAGAUUUGUGACUUCCCUCUAAAUCCCUCCCUUUCUCUGAACCUGUUUUCCACGAAUCUCGCUAACCGACAACAGCCCCUCCAGUCCCUUGGCGGUCCCCACAUGGUGCUCCUUGAAUUCAGGCAUUAAUUGAGAUAUAAAACAGUAUGUUUAGGAAGAACAAAUGUUUUGUCAGAGCCAUUCAGUUUGUGUUACUGAGUACCCGUGGUCUGCUGUCCCCUUACUGAAGUUUGCAGACCUAACACCUACGCAGUGGAGAACACUUUCCCAUUCGGAGGCAUAUUCUGUGAAGGAAAUCCGUAUGGAAAGUUAAAUAAUUUAUCCGAGUGCUGCCUGAAGAAUGUGGACUCUGCUGUGAGCGAGGGGUGUUACGGUGUGAUUUUAAUCCAUCUGUGACAACUUGAUGGCAUCGUCAGAGAGACACGAAGAUGUGUUCACACUGAGGGCAUCUUCUCUGCUAGACAGGUUUCUAUGUUAGCUAUUCCUGGGUGUGUCCUCGCUAGAAGCUAGGGCUAGCCUAGUUAGGUUACGUAAUUCAUAAGCUACAUGAUGGCUGGGGUAUUUGUGUUUUGUUCACUGUCCCGACACCCACAACAGUGAAUGAACAGUCCAAUCCUGUUCUUGUGGUAGACGGUGUCUUUUUUAAGGGUAACUUCUUUGAUUUGCACUUGUAUCUGCUAUGUAUUGAUUUGACAAGUAUAAUAUUCCUGUAACGGCCUAUCCCUGUUUUCUUAGGAGUCUGACAGAUAUGUAGCUUUUGGGUAAAGAAUUCAUAAUGGAAUAAAAAAGGAAAUAAGGAUUUUACGUAAAGAUAGCCUCUUAGAAAUCAUUUGAGAACUCCAUCUUAAAACAGGAGCAUGGAGAUGAAAAUAGGUCUACACAGGCACCGCAUGCCCAGUCGUGGCCCUCACCUGUCUGGGCACUGGCAGGUGAAACACUGAAAUAAUGAACACAACAGGCAGUAAAAAGUAGAUUCUUAUCAGGUAAAGAAUAAAAGGAGUAGGGACACAUUAGGUGGUUAAAAGGGCAACUCUCCAGAGAAAACACCAAAUAGGGCCAAGUUCUAGCAUGAUCUGUAUGUUCAAGAAUGUUUUUAAAACUCAUAUGGAAUAAACAAGCAAAGCUAAAGAAAACCUUUUAAAAAAAGGGGAGGUUGGGGAGAAGAGGGGACCACCACACCAGAUAUUUAAACACAGACCCCGAGUAAUUAAAAUAACUGUGGUACUGGUACCUGAGUCAACAGACUGAUGCAGCGGAGAACCCAGAUACAGACCUAGAUGCAUGUAGGGUGUUAGAUACAAUAAAUGUAGCAUCUCAGACUGGUGAGGACAAGAUGAACUGUCCAGUAAUGACACUAGAAAAACUGAGUAAUCAGGCAGGAAGAAAUUGGGUCGAAUCCAUAACUUACGCCCCUUGCCAGGACAUACUCCAAAGGUAUCAAAUCCCGAUCUAAAAAAAGCCAUGAAAGUUCUAAAAGAAAAGGUAGGUGAAUCACUGCUCUUAAAAAGUAAGAAGGUAUUCCUAACUCUGACUCAAAGUCCAGAAACCACUGAGAAACUGAUAAAUUAGACUGCAUUAAAAAAAAUUGCAUGGCAAAGCUAUCCUAAAUAAGCCAAGUCACAAGACAGACACCAAAUAGAAAAAAAAAAAAAAUACAAAGGAUUAAUAUCUGUAACAAAGCACUCGCAGAAACAGAAGAUCAACGGUGUAGUACAAAAAUGGGUAAAAGAUACGAACUCAAAAGACACGUACAAACACCAUGGAUUUUCAACAUGUUAAAAGGAGUCAGUCUCGCUGGUAAUAAGAAAAAUCAAAACUAAAACACACUGAUACACAAUUUUGUAUCUAUCAGAACAGCAAACAGCAGGGGCGCCUGGGUGGCGCAGUCGGUUAAGCGUCCGACUUCAGCCAGGUCACGAUCUCACGGUCCGUGAGUUCGAGCCCCGCGUCGGGCUCUGGGCUGAUGGCUCGGAGCCUGGAGCCUGUUUCCGAUUCUGUGUCUCCCUCUCUCUCUGCCCCUCCCCCGUUCAUGCUCUGUCUCUCUCUGUCCCAAAAAUAAAAAACGUUGAAAAAAAAAAAAAAAAAAAAGAACAGCAAACAGCAAACCCACAUCCACGUAGGUAAGGUGGCAGGUAAGCACGUAGAUCCAUCAAUUCGGUAAAACCACCUCCGUGGAGGGAAACAGUCUAUCUUUCAAAAUUAUAAAUGGAUAUGGCCUGUGACCCAACAAUUCCCUUUUGCGGAAUUUAUUCUACAAGUACAUAUUUACAUAUGUGUGGAAUGACACAUGCCCAUUAGUAGGGCAUUGGUUCAUUAAAUGACUGUCCAUUCACACUACGGAAUAUCGAGCAGUUAGUAAAAAAAAAAAAAAAAAAAAAAGUUUUUAA